GGCCAGGGCCGUGUCAGCCGUGCAUUACCGCGCUUAUCCAAGGAAUAUCCACCCAUCAUCAUCAUCAUCAUCAGCCGCCUUCGUUGAAUUCUCCAGUCUUCCCACGGUGGAGAUAUUGGUGUCAUCAUGAAGUGAGAGACCAACUGACAUUCCAUUGACAACCUUUCAUUCAGUCUGGCCAUCUAUACCCAUCAGCCACCAUGACUCCUCUUGAGGCCAGGCUGUCGAGCCUCCUGACCAGACGGAAAAGCCAGUCCAAACUACGGGUGCUCAAAGCCAGUGAGCCCGGCUCGGUCGACUUUUCGUCCAACGACUUUGUCUCCCUAUCAUCUAAUAGUGAACUGCGAAACGACUAUCUCAGAGCUCUUCAAGAAACCAUUGGCUCACAUGGGUUGGGGUCCACUGGGUCUAGACUUCUCGACGGAAACUCGACAUUUGCUGAAGACCUCGAGAAAGACAUCGCACGGUUCCAUGGAGCUCAGGCCGCAUUGUUGACAAACUCGGGCUAUGAUGCAAAUGUUAGCUUGUUUGGAUUUCUACCCCAGCCAACAGAUCACGUGGUAUACGACGAAUUGAUCCAUGCCAGUGUCCAUGAUGGCCUCAAACUGUGCAGAGCUGAGAGCCAGGUCUCGUUCAAGCACAAUGAUUUGGAUCAUCUGAGACAGAUCUUGAUGUCACUGGUUCUGGAUGGAUCUCGCCAAUCAUCCGUUUUUAUUGCCGUUGAGUCGGUCUACAGCAUGGAUGGAGAUCUGGCUCCAUUGAAAGAGAUGACUGAGCUGAUUGAUGAGCUGUUUCCCCGCAAGAACUGUUUUCUUAUUGUCGAUGAAGCUCAUGCCACUGGUUACUUUGGUGCCGAUGGUAGAGGUCGAGUGUGCGAGCUUGGUCUAGAGAAGAAGAUUCUCAUCCGGUUACACACAUAUGGCAAAGCGAUGGCAGCCAGCGGUGCUGCCGUUCUCUGCUCUCCGGUCAUCAAAUCCUACCUGAUAAACUACGCCCGACCGUUAAUAUACACUACUUUUAUGUCAUUCCCCAGCUUGUUAAGUAUCAAGGUGGCAUACGAUUGGCUUCAACAAGGCAAGACGAAUCAGUUGGCCACCAAUCUCUGGGGUCUUGUGCAACAUCUCCAUGAAAGCCUUCAGUCUCUAUCCAAAGAAAUCCCAUCGAAUGGAGAGACACCUCUGGUCACGUUCCCUAGUGAAUGCCCCGAGUCGCCUAUCUUCGCCAUUUUCAGUCCCCAACCUCGAGCGCUUGCCACAUAUUGCCAAGCGGCCGGAUUCGUGGUGAGAGCAAUCUUCCCACCCACUGUACCUGAGGGAACCCAACGAGUUCGCGUUUGUUUGCAUGCGGGGAACACGAUCGAACAGAUUGAUAAUUUCGUGGCCACCAUAAAAGAAUGGUUGGUGCGAGAGGCACAGGAGAGCUCUGGCGUAUCAAGCCAAUUGCCCAGCGACCUGCGAGAAGUGGUACCUUUACUACCCAAGUUGUAAAACGAGAACCAGGCAUGGCCUCAGGAUCCAUCAGAUAGAGCGAAGACCAAAAGAUACUAGUCAUUCAAUGGAAAAGUGUUUCUCGGUGACGGAGUUCGGUCAUGGCCAUGGGAAG